AUUUAUGUAAAGAGAAAAACGAGUGCCUUCUAGAGUUUGGAGAUAUGAAGAAUAUUCACCACCUAAACGAUCUUCAUAAUCAACCAAUAGAAGUUAAAGAAAGAGAGAAUUAUGCUAUUAUAAAAUACAUAAAAUCUCAUAAAAUUCUUCAUUUACUAAAGAAGAAGAUGAAAGCAUUCUAUAAUAUGUAAAAGACUUAGGACCUAAAUUUGUUAAAAUUGCUACUUUCUUUCCUAACAAAUCAUAUAGCAUGGUGAAAAACAGAUACUAUAAACAUUUAAGAAAUAAGCUGUUUGAAAGAAAAGAAAGUUAAGAAUUGAACCAUAAUAAUUAAGAUAUCACUUAAUAAUUUAAAAAUUCUAUUCUCUAACCUAAUAAUGAGAAAAUAGAAGAAUUGAAAUAACUUAUCUCUUCUAUAAACUUAUUUCCUGAAAUAACAGAAAUAACCAAAAGUUUCAUUGGUGAAUUGUAAAGACAUCUUCUUUGA